GAGAUUCACCGGAGAGGCGGCGGCCAGUGGUGCCGCGGCGACAGAUGAUGCGUGUGCAUCAGGUGCUGAGAAGCAGACGCCUAGACAGGUGCCUGUGGCCAAUGUGGCCCUGUCGACGGGCACGCAAACGCCCUUCAAUCCAAUGUCUGGCGGAUGGUCCAGCAAUAUGUAUGAUGAUUCAGCUAAAUCAUGUCAGCAAAUCUUCUAUUCUAUUGCCGAGCCACAGAAUCCCGUGGGUGGAAAUAUCUUUGAUUCUGUGAUGUCCUCGAGUAGCUCCAUGACGAGUUCCAUGAGCUCAGCGACGAAUUGUGGCAAGAAGGGCGGCAGUGGCUUUGAUGUGGACAACUCCAUGAUAUCACGCUUUGCCAUGCGAAUUGCCUCUAUUCUCGUGAUUAUCCUCCAUGAGGACAUUCUGUUUGAGAGCUCACUGGAUGCACAGCAGUGUUUGCCACUGACGUCGGAGAGUGUGAGCAAGAUGAAGAUGAUGUCAGAGGGAUUGUUCCAGAAGCUGCAGGAUGUGGACUAUGACGGGGAGAACUUCGAGGAGUGUCUCAAUGGUGCGCUGACGGAUCAUCAUCUGCGUCUGUGGCUGGCGCCGGUGAUUGCUGAGGGUGAUGAGCAGAGGAAUAUGAAGGAGAACCUGAUGCAGGUGGCGAUAUCUGUGGCGCGUGGGCAUGUGAAGGAGAUUCUCACCGAUGUGGCUGUGCCUUUGUUAGAUUUCAAUCGGGACGAGUCUUCCGCGGCCAGCGGCCUGGCGUGUCGGCCGGACAUUGUUGUCAAUGUGCACAAAUUGGAGAAGAUUCGCCAUCGUGGUGGCGCCGUGCGCUACUCACUGCCAAUCACAACGAUUAACUGUGUCCUGGCAUCUUGCAACACUGAGAUCGACAUCUCAAUUUAUGAUCGACUGAAAGCGGUGCUAGACGAAACACCCUUCGACGGUGUAUCGUCCAAUGUAGACUAUAGGACAUCUGCCAAGGAGCCAACUCAGACCACCACGACAAUCGUGGUGGCGUCACAGUGUGUGGAUUUGAAGCUGCGCUUCCCCAUUCCUGACCUUCGACCUCUGCACGAUCCACAGCGCGUUCCCUGGUGGCGACGAAAUGUGCGUCCGGACUUCCUUACACUGCGCCUCCAUGGCAUGAAGAUGACAAAUGUGGCAACAUCGGGAUAUAAGGUGGAGGCUCGGGAGAUUCACAUGUUCUAUUGUGAGAACGACAGGGCGCCUAGUAUAGCCAUUGGGCGGGCCUCGCAGCGUCUUGACGCUGAAACGCAAUUGAUUGAUAUUCCAGCGGUGCUAAUUGAGGUGAUUCCCGAGGAGAGUGAUACGAUGAAUCUCCUGGAUCGCCUGGAAAGGGAAUCACCGACGGAAAAUGUGCAGAAGAAACCAAAUCCCACACCGUUUAGCUCAAAGAGAGUCUGUCGCGAGAGUGAUACACCGCACAAGAAGAGUUCCAAUGAUGACACAGAAACACUCAUUAUACCUGGUGACUCGAUGGAAAUGUCCAACUUCUGUGACUUUGCGUACAAGAAUUCUCGCCUGCGGAUAAAAAUCAAUCUGCCACUGGUGAGUCUUCAGCUGCGCUCCAAGCAUCUCUAUGAGAUACUGUACAAUAGAAUCAACUCGGAUCUACUGCUGUGGGAGCCAGCAGCUCGAAGUGCCACUGUGCCACAGCAGACAAUUGACAAUUUUCUCAAUGUCGGCAUGAUGGACUCAAUCUAUGCGCCGGCAACAUCAAUUCGUGCCAUGGCGUCUGACUAUUCGGCCACAAACACUUCGGAAUCGUCGGGAUCGGGUGAGGAUGAGGGCGCCAAUGUCUUCUAUUCAAUGUAUGAUCGGAAGAAGAGUCGCAUGCCGGAGAGACAAGUGAAUGAGGGGACAAAGAGCUGUGACUUGUGCAUUCAGGUGUGCAUCACUGAGGGAUUACUCACGAUGCAGGCGCCUGUGAGGGAUUCGAAGAACCUCGUGAUACCUGAACAAUUUGGCGAGUAUGUGAUAAGGGUGGAUGGAUUGUCGCUGUUCACAGUGAAAGGAUAUUGUGGUAAUGAGAAUUUGGGAUUUGUCUGUCUGGAGGUGAUUGAUGCUGAUCUCUUUCACUGUGGCAUUAUCCCAUCGCCAAGUUCUGAUCCGCCACUCAGAUGGUUUGGCUCACUUUUGCCUGAAUAUCUGCUCAGAACCAUCUAUAGCACACCCAAGGAUCUCACGAUGCAGAAGGCGAAGCGUGACAAGGAGCGUGAAAUGAUCUCUCUUGCAAUUCAGAUUAAGCAUUGUCCGGAGCAACGAUUGAAGCGCAUUCGCGUGGCGGCUGGCAUUGAAUUGGCCACAUUGAGGCACAAUCCAUCGCAAUCGGAACACACAUGGCUGACCGAGUUGCUGGAUAUGUUUGAUGUGGUGGAUUAUCCAGUGCUGGGAUAUACAGUGUCUGGCGUUGUGACUGAGAUGCAUCUUCAUCUGUGGGAUUGCGCUAUUGAUUACCGGCCUAUCUACUUUCCCUAUCGCGCAGUGAUAACACUGGGAAACUUUAUGAUCAGCAGCAACAUCACCACUACAGCUUCUGGAUGCACACUUCGCUUUGUGGCUGAGGAUUGCACACUGUGUCUGGCACCACAGGCAAUUGACGCUCCACCGCCGGAUAUGCUGGAGAGUGAUUAUCCGAAAAUUCACGACAAUUUGCACGGUGACUUCAGAGAUUUGGUGUGUGUGGUGGAAUUGGGACUCUUUGAGAUCUCUCUGAGACUGAAUGAGAAAGCCACAAGCUAUGCGCCAAAAUUCGACAUGAGAGCCGCUCUCAAUGAUGUUCACAUUCGAACAUGUGCAGAUUCAGCGCGAGCUCUUGCCCAACUAAUUUCUUACAUCGCAGCCAAAGGUGAUUUGGAGAAGUUCGACACGGUGCCGGAAGAGAGUUGUGAUUCAACGGGAAAUCUAAGUGAGGCGGAUGCUGAUCUGCUGUCAGUGAAGUCCAGUCAGACAUCUAUUCCUGAAGUUACCCAAACGCAGCAGCAACACGUGAACACACUUAUGGCUGAAGCGAUGCAAGAGAGCGCAAUUGAGGAGUCUGAUUACUCAGAUGAGGAGAUUGAAGCAUUGGGUCCGGGUGUGGAUGUCUUCUUUUUCCCGGAUGAGGCGGCCAAAAUGGGUGUGAGUCCCAAGAAGUCCCUCAAGGAAUCCACUCCGGACAGUGUGAGCAUCACAAGUGGAGAGAUUCGGGAGUUGUAUGAUUUUGAGUCGUCUGUGAUGGGUGGUGGUGCGUCGAACAUUGAUCCGGAGAUUGAUAUUGAGGUGGAGGAGGCACUGCCACAAGUGGCCAAGGAGUUGGGCAGUGUGAGACGUCGUGAUAUAGCAACUCCGUCCAAGAGUCAUCAGCAUAGAGGCAUUGGUCACAUGAGGAACUUGAGUUCGGGCACAGAUGAUGACUUUUGCUUCAUUUCCGAGGAGGAGCGUGUGAUUUUCUGUGGACAGAAUGAGGUGGCAGUGACGGAGGAUCCUAUUAGGAUUGUUGACAAUCACUUUAGUGUGCCAAAUAGGAAGCCAGAUCUUCUGCAGGCGCCUCAUGGCUUCCCCAUGGCUGUCAUUCGGUACACAUUGUGCGAAAUGUCUGUCACAUGGCACAUUUUUGGUGGAUCGGACUUUGCCGUGAAUGCUCCUGUGGCGCCAAAGAGGGACGAAACGCUUGGUGAGGAGGGAAGCUAUGACAACUACAGACUGUCUUAUCUGCCCAUGUCGGAUGUGUACAAAUUCGGAGUGUCGUAUGCUGCUGAGGGCAAGACUAUGACUGAAGGGAGUUUUCGACGACACCAUCAACCGACGGGGAAGUUAACCUGGAAGACUCGUGGAGGUCCUCACAGAAGACACGAUAUUCUGAUGGAGUUUCAGUUGCACAAAGUUCGCUUCUCCCAUGAGGUGUAUCCGAGUGAUCGGGAGCAAGCGUCGAGACAGGUUCUCCUUGUGUCAGAUCUGGAGAUCAAGGAUAAACUCGCUGUGUCGAACAUCAACAAAUUCCUCUACCAUCCCUCGAGUGGCCUGAUAAAGCCUCACCAGUCACGUGCCAAUUUGCUGGUGAUUAAGGCUCUGCAUCUGCGCUCAGAUCUCUCUCUGCCAGCACAGGAGUGUUGUCUGCGUGUCUCCAUGUUGCCGCUGCGGCUCAAUAUUGAUCAGGAUUCACUUCUCUUCCUCGUGGACUUCUUCCAGGAGUUCAGUGGGGUGGACAGUGCUCCUCCUGUGCAGGAAGGUCAGCGUCAAGCGCCACCAUCCAUGUCACCACCGCCCAUCAUGAUGGUGGAUCUGCCGGAGGCGGCACAGGAAUUGCAGGCGCGCAAGAUGGUUUCGGAGAAUCUGAUGCUCCUGAUGGAGGAUGAGGGAGAGAAGUCUACCACACCAACGACAGCGGAUACGGAGGACAAUUCGCCCAUCUACUUCAGGAGUGUCUCCUUCAGUCCUGAAGUGAAGAUCCGCAUUGACUACCAGGGGAAGCGUGUGGAGUUGUCUAGAGGACCACUGGCGGGACUUCUGAUGGGACUUGGGCAGCUGCACUGCUCAGAGAUCCGAUUAAAGCGCAUUUGCCACAAAAAUGGAAUUCUCGGCGUAGACAAGCUACUUAAUUUCCUCCUUCAAGAGUGGCUGCAGGACAUCAAGAGGAAUCAGUUGCCAUCGCUCCUGGGCGGUGUGGGACCAAUGCAUUCAUUCAUACAACUGUUUCAAGGAAUUCGUGACUUGUUUUGGCUGCCAAUUGAGCAAUAUCAGAAGGAUGGACAAAUUGUGCGUGGUUUGCAACGUGGUGCACAGAGUUUCACGGCACGAACAGCAUUGGCUGCUCUUGAAAUUACCACACGCCUCAUACAUUUGCUUCAGAUCACGGCAGAGACGGCUUACGAUAUGGUGUCGCCGGGUCCAACCGUGCGCCGUGUGCGUGGCUACAAGAAGAGCAAGAGGAAGCGCGUGCAGCCACCGCAGGACAUACGCGAGGGUGUGGCGAAUGCAUACCAGAUUGUGCGCGAUGGCAUUGGCGAGACGGUGCACACGAUCAUGGAGGUGGCGGCGCUCGAGCACGACCAGAAGGGCUACACGGGCGCCGUGGGCGCGGUGGUGCGUGAGAUUCCCUCGACAAUGGUGAAGCCCAUCGUGUUGGCCACUCAGGCCACGACCAACGUGUUGGGCGGUGUGCGGAAUCAGCUUGUUCCGGAUGCUCGCAUCGAGGCGCGGGAGAAGUGGAAGGAGGACGAAGACUAACAUUGGCCAAUAUUCCUCUCCACUCACCGCUCUUGGCGAUCUUCUGGGUCACUUUCUAAACUUAUAUCUUACCAUUUUUCAUAUUUUGCCUAUUCUUCUUUCCUUUUGAUGAGUGAAUAUGACGAUAAGAGAAUCAAAAAAAAAACAAGAGAGUCAAUUGCCAAUUUGAUUUGACAUAUAUAUAGAAAGAGAGGGAAUAUAUAUGUAGAUGUGGACUCCUUUAUUUCUAACGCCUUUUAUCUUAGUUAGGAUUUUUAUUGAAUACAAAAUAUUACUAUACAAAAUCAAGAAAAAUGAAGGUCUAUGAAUUUAGUAAGAAAGUGUGAAAAUAUUUCCAGAAAAAAAGGUUUAAAUUACAUUAUUAAGGAGAAAUUAUGCGAGGGAGGAGAAAUGAAGAUAUUUUUGUGAAAAAUUUAACACUUUCCACUCGACAAGAAAUAAUUAAUUUAUCCCUGAGCAGUUGUUUUUUUCUUCCUGUAGAUAUUGUGAGAGACAAAUAGAGCGCAUCUUUAAUUGGAUGAGGUAGUGAUGAUGAUGAUGAUUGAGAAAGAUUAUGUCUUUUUUUUAUAUAUAUAUUUUUUGUGAAUUUAUGCGAUGAUUUAGAAAGAAGAAAAAUCAUUGAUAAAAUUCUGUGAAAAUUAGCAAACAUUUUCAUGAAAAAAUAUUUGAUUUCCAAAUAAAUUUAUUGAAAUGCA